AUGGCGGGAGCUGUACACGAAUUUCAUUUGGUAAACAAAUUGUAUUUAUAAAAUGGUAAGAACACGGCCGGUGCCGUGUGCUAAGUCGCCUGAUGUAAGCACCGCAACAAAACGCGCACCAGGGCGUCCCAAGAAACUGUCGAUCGAAUCUAUAUUGAUCACAACGAUACGCAAACCCGGGCGUCCCAAAAAAUUGCCUAUCGGAGCUGAUUUAACCACAACGAAGCGAAAACCCGGACGUCCUAAGAAACUGGAGAUCGGAGUUGAUUUGACCACAACAAAACGCUCACCCGGACGGCCUAAGAAACUGGAGAUCGGAGCUGAUUUGACCACAACAAAACGUUCACCCGGACGUCCCAAGAAACUAUCAAACGAAGAUAUUGUGACUGCCUUAACCGAGCCGGAGUGUCGCAUAAGAAAAUGCGUGGUAAAAUUAAAACGCUGUAAGGUACAAGAGGGUGGCGCACCCGAAUAUUCUGGAAAUGAUGCGCCUGAUGGGGAUGCUAGCACUUUUGAACCGGCUCGCAACUCGACGAUGUACGUUCCUCCGAAGGUACAGAAAUCAACGAUACCCCCAGUUAUCAAGAAGAAGGUGCCAGGUCCCAAAACAUCACCAUGUCGACAAGGCAUAGAGAGUACGAGCCCUAGUGGACCAGCAGCAAAGACGUCGCCCAAAAAACCAUCUCGCUUCUUUCACAGAGAUCAGGCUUCAGCCAGAACACGAUCAUCGGUGACCCGCAACGUUUUCGAGUUUCUCUCGCAGUCCCAGAGCGAUGAUGAAAAUGACAGGGCGGAUCCCGCGGCAGACAUUAUUAAGCGGAUGGUUAAAGCUGGAAAGGCCUGCGUUAUGGUGAGGUCAACCAAAAACGGCAAAACAAGAGCCAAGAGAACAGCGAAGAAGGUCCGCCCUGUAGGUAAGCGAAGACAGAUUUCGACAAAAGAUAUGGAGCCCGAGCCAGUAAAGGUUGCCUCCAAGCCCAUAGAACCGCGCCUUCAAAAGCCAUCACGCGCCUUGUCGACCAUUUUCGAGCCCGAGGAAGAUUCUAGCAACGAUUCUGAGCCGGGGUACGUGCAGCCCAUGGAAAUGCCUGUCCAGGUGCAUGUCGAGCCGAGUACUUCCAAGCAAGCGCACGACGGAGCCUACAGUAAUUUGGCCCGAUCUGUAAUGCUUAAUCAGACUCAGGCGCAAAAUUCUUUGACAUCCCCAGACAGACGUCGAGAGCUUAUUAACAAGGCACGACAGUUGGUUAGCACGCCGCUGAAUCGCAAGGCUCCUCCGGUGGCAGAAGUUAGUGCUUCCACCGCUGCAUUAUCGCCUAUUGUCCGCCAGUCUUCCAAUGCUGUUGGCACGGCAGGAGGGGCAUCCCCCUGGCGCGUUUCCGACGAGUCCCCAUUGCCAAAUACGUUCAUGUUUGGUUUCAACACCUCCCAGAUGCCGUCGUACUCCAGUGAUCCCGUGCAGCGGCGGCAUGUCUAUGUGCCAGAUUUAGCAGCAGAGCAAUCGGAGAACAUCCCUCAUGAGGAAUCCAUUUGUCCGCCUUUGCACGAGCAAAGUCAUGACUCAAAUGCAAACGACUCAAAUGAGGAGAAUCAGCCCCCUCCCACAAUUAACACAUCAGUGUCGAUCAAUGACCGGGAAAACGCAGAGAAUGCGGAGAACUUUGUGCACCUGCCGAAUCCUCGGAGAACGCUGCAGAAACGGACGCCUUUUAAGGAUAUUAACAUUCUAGAAGUAGUGACACUGCCCCCUUGGAAGAAGAAUGUGCCAGCCACUAUUUCAAAAGAAAUCACUCCUACGAGGGUGGCCGCUCAUCCAAUUGCGGCUUCAUCACCAGCGCCGCGCAGUCAAACGCGAGUGAAUCUCUUUGGUUUUGACGAAGCUUUGGCAUGUGAAGAUUUACCUAGAAAAACAACUACUCCCUCAAAAGGUAUUCCUCCCACAAGUGUGUCCUUUAACCGAGAAGUGACUUCGGCUUUAGCUAAUCGUAGUCAAGCGGAUAUAAAUACUUCCGGAUGUCACGAAAUAUUGUCCUGUGAAAAUAUACCUGAAGAGAGUACGAAGACACGAAAGUCACCUUCACGAAAUCUCUUUGGAUUUGAUGAGUUUAUCACCGAAAGCGAAGAUGCGCCAGCCAAUUCCAAGGCGUUGAGUCAAAACGUGAGUCUGCAUGAUAAGCUGCAUCGCCUGGCAGAGCUGCGACCCAGAGAUGGGGAGCUUCCACAAGUAUCAUCCACCCCGAAUCGUUCCGAUUAUCUGGGUGUGCAUUCGAAGCAAAUGGAUAUCAGAGACGUGUUUUGCUCCACUAUGAUUGCGCUGCCCCCAGCGGUAAAACGAAAAGCUGCUGCACUGGCUGCGCGGGAAUCGAUGGGAUUGUUUAGGGUUGACCAGGACGAGCCGGAGCAAUCAUUUGCCGAAAAGCAACCCAGACGAACUUAUGUUAAGGAGCGACCCCAGCGUAAGCGGAAGAAGCGAGUGCAGAUAUUGUACAUCGAGAGUGACAGUGAGGACGAGAACGAGCAGGACUCGCACGACAAAAGCUUAGAUUCUCCGCAGAAGAAGCAGCAUCGCGCUAAACGACCACGCAGAGACAUCGAGCAUGAGGCUAAGUUGCAGCAUUUUGUCACCAGUUUUAACAAGCAAUGUGAGGAAGUAGAAAAGUUCCCAGUGAUCAUUGAAUAAUCGCAUUGCCUGUUUAUUAUUAUCA